AAAUAUUAAGUGACCUACUCCAUUUCCUUUUCAAUGCAUUCUAUUAUAUAAGGAAAUCCUACCAAAGGCAUUCUUCACUCAAAAUUCAGAAAACCAAUCACUAUCUCUCAGAUUCAUUAAAAAAAUGGGAAAAUUUUUGGCUGGGAUUUUUUUGUUCAUGUGUUGUGUUGCUCCAAGUUUGGCCAAGGUUCAUACUGUUGGAGACUCAGCUGGGUGGGGACUUAGUGUGGAUUAUGGCACUUGGGCAAGUGGAACAACUUUUAAUGUUGGUGAUUCACUUGUUUUCAACUAUCCUAGUGGUCACACUGUGGAUGAAGUAAGUUCCAGUGACUACUCUUCAUGCACUGCCGGUAAUUCCAUCUCGUCCGACAGUAGCGGCGCCACCACUAUCCCUCUCAAGACCCCCGGCACUCAUUACUUCAUUUGCGGCGUAAUGGGCCACUGCAGCGGCGGCAUGAAGCUAGCCGUCACCGUGGCAGCAGCAGCCGGCGGCGGUGGUGGUGGUUCCACCACACCAUCACCCGACACCACCACACCGUCAACCGGAACCACCACCCCUAAACCUGACACCACCACUACUAGCACUAGACAUCCAUCGGCAUCAGUAACUUUGUCACCAUUUAUCCCUUUGUUAAUUUCUGGGGCUGUUGCUAUAUUUAGUUAUUUCCUUAUUUAAUAAUUUUCUUAGCCAGGAUAGAGGCAGUGCCCACCCCACCCCCCACCUUGUGACCAUUUUUUUUCAUUUACUUUUUUUUUCUAUUUGCUUUGCUUUUUGUAAGUGGUUGUGUUGAUAGGAUGUCUUAUUUUCAGUUGUGAUUUCUUCGCAUGUCAUGAUCAGUCAUUUAGUAAAAUAUUUCACCCGUUUCAUUUUACUUGA